CGUGCUGCGCGUGGUGAGAUCUCAGUGCGUCGAGCAAGCCAGGGAUGAGCACAGCUAAGCUUUUAAUUACUACCCUGAUUUAACUCUAAUGCAGGUGGCGGAGGACUUUGUAUGACUUUUUAGACGGAGAAUGGAGAGCAGGGGUUCAAACACGGACAGUUCCCCUCGUUAUGCGUCUCAGUUGGAGGGGGAAAUUUCAUUCCGCUCGGAGUGGGAAGAACACAGAAACAGAGACUGUGGCUCUUCACAGGUAGGAAAGUCACUGAGAACUGAAAGCAAGAUGCCGCACGUGUCACGUGUCGCCCCCGUGACGUCACCCACAUCCGCAUCUCAGCGCGUGAACCUGCCGGGUGUGAUGGACGCAGAGGGGAGAGUGGACGAGUCCCGGCUGCGCGUGUACAUAUUUACACACGGUGGUGUGUCUCCGGAGGAGAGAGGCAUGGUUUGGCGCUUCUUAUUUGGAAUGUACCCGUGCAGUUCUACAACACUGGAGCGUGCCUUGUUGCUUGAAGAGAUGUCAAUACGUUACCAUGUUAUGAAGAGGAAGUGGCAACGUCUGCUUCCUGGAGCUGUUCGUCUGCGACUUAAUGGCACCGAUGCUGAGUUGGUAGCAGCAGUGCAGUAUUUUGAGCAAAGACAGGAGAGAGAAAGAGAAACACUACAGCACCAGUACAAGUCAAAAGAGGUCAGGGACAGGAUUUCCUUCCUGGAGCUUCAGGCACAGGUCCUGUUUGAACGGGUGACCUUUGAUUUGGAAGAACUUCAGGAGGCUAUACGCAUCAUUGACAAAGAUGUUCCAAGAACUGAUAGAGGACUGGCCUACUACACAAAUGAGGGCCUGGGUAAUCUACUGGUGCUGAGAGAUAUCCUGAUUACCUUUGCUGCUUUUCACCAAGAGGUCAGUUAUGCACAGGGUAUGAAUGAUCUCUGCAGUCGCUUCCUGGAGGUUCUGGAUUCAGAGGUGGACACAUACUGGAGCUUUUGCUGUUACAUGGAGAAAUUUUCAAGAGACUUCUGUGCUGAUGGCCUGCACCGCAAAAUAGAAUUGGAGGCGGCUCUGCUGAAAGAGUUGGAUCCUCAUCUUCAUGCUCAUAUUAUAACAGACAAUAUGGAUAAACUGACAUUCUGUCACAGGUGGCUGCUGUUGGGUUUCCAACGCGAGUUUGAGCACAGUGAUGCUCUACGCCUGUUUGAGAUUCUUAGCUGCGAUCAUCUGGAGCUCAUUUCCCAGCAGGUGGACAGGGCACGCUAUCAGGAGAGACUGGCCUACAAGCACAGCUUUCAGGAUGAGCCAGAGACAGAACCUCAAGGCAUUAACAGAGAGUUCACGUUUGAACUCUUUAUCUGUGCUACUAUUCUUCUGGAGAACAGAGAUUCACUGCUCAGCUGCAGAAAUGAGGUCCAGCUCCUGCAGUUCAUAAACAGCUUGCAGGGGACUCUGGAUUUAAAUAGCUGCUUGAAAAAAGCUGAGGAGCAGUUCUAUAACUACUGUAAGCGUUCAGCCAGGGAUUGCCUUAGUGAGCGCUACCGGAGACACAAGAGCAAAGGGGAGCCCUUCCUCUACCAGCUGCGCAACCUGUUCUCUGGAAACUAGGGUUUUCUGGGUAUUUCUGAAAAAGUCCUGUUAAAAAGACUGAUACCUGAAAGUUGGUUUGUUUCAGGUUUCCUCAUGUUUGAAUGUCUGGUCCUUUCCAAGAAAAUAACUUUGUUGUAGUGCAUGGAAAUGUAAACACGAGUUCAAACUGAAUAAUGCUGCUUAAAUAAGUAUUUGGUUUAUGAAGAGAGUAUGUGGCUCCCAAUCUCAGUUCUGAUGAGUCUACAGUGUAAAAUUACCAGCAUUAAGUCAACACUUAUAGUUAAUUUAAUCCUGGGAGCUUUAAUGUACAUGAAUCACAGUGUUAGAAGUCUAACACACUUGACACAUUUUGGCUCAAAACAAAAAUGCUGAAAUGUAGAGGACAGAAGAUCCAUGAAUAUCCUAGAACGUAGGUUGGGAACUACUUGUUGCAGUGGUUGUUUUUUACUUUAUGUAUUAUAGUUUUUACUAAAAUGCUGCAGUGAUAAAUGCUAAAUACUAUAAUCUUGAAUACAUUUUGAAUCAUGUGAAAUGUAUAAUUAUAAUGUUAAAAUUUUCUGCUUGUAAUGUGAAAGUGAUUCAAGAAAGGUUAUUAUGAAAAAUUCUAUUAAAUGAUAAUGUUCAGCUUAUGUUAAGUUGAGGUUGACAAAAUAAUAAACUGUA